GCAAACAGGUUGUUUAUAUUUGAUAACACGCAAAUAGUGAUCACAUGCGUAAAUUAUAUAUAUACAUAUCUAUGUAUUAAUUAUAUAUGUCUGAAAAAAGAAAAUAGAAAGGAACAAAGCCAAGAGUAAGGUGGCCGCAGACAGAAAAUCCAAAGAAGAAGUCGGUUGCCUAGCGACGUCUGAAAGCAUAGUAGCAGCUAGCAACUAAUCUUUCGGCUAAUGUAAGGAUUUCUUCAAUCCAAAUAGCUCUUAAAUGCCUCUGAAAAGAAGAGGACCGCUGCAACUCGUCCAGAGAGAAGUGGACGAAGUCAAAAGAAAGGUUGACGAUCUAGAGAAGGAGGUGGAGAGCCAACGUGGAUCUAAAGAAGAGGCAUUUCAAAGAUAUCAAGAGCUGCAGCUUUCUGCAGAAAAGACUCUAAAGACUCUACAGACAUUAACAAAGGCUGAUGAGCCGGCCCCUGUAGGAAAUUAUGAUCAGAGGAAGCUAGAAGAGGAGGUACGCCUGCAAAAUGUCUUGAAGCGUCUGGUUACCUUGUCUCUGAAGCUUUCACCACCAGGUCCCAGCUCUGAAGUUGGAAAGGCUACAAAAAACGAAGAUUCUGACAAUAAUGAUGAUGACAGUGAUGAUGAUGAUGAUGAUGAUUCUGAGGAAGACAGCGACAGUGAUGGUACGGGGACUGGAGGUGGGAGUACAUCUGAAAAGCCGCCAUCUCAGUCGGGCCCUGAAAUGUACACAGUCCUCAGUGAUUUCAAGGCAGAGCAGGAAGGAGAUCUGUCUGUUCAGAGUGGAGAAGUGUUAAAAAUAAUCAAAAAGGCAGCAGAUGGAUGGUGGCUGGCUCAAGACACCAAAGGGAACAGAGGAGUUGUACCAAAAACCUUCCUUAAGAUCAGUUCUGGUGUUAACGAUGAGGAUGAUCAGGAGGAUGAUGAUGAAGAUGACGAUGAGGAUGAUGAAAUCAAGCAGUCAGAACAGGAGGAAGAGGAAGAUGAAGAUCAAACUGAUGAUGGAAAAGAAAGCAAAGCUUCCAACUGGUCAACCGUCCGAAAGGCUCUGACUGAGAUUGAUACAACAGACGUGCUGUCGGCAAUGGGUGCCAUACCUUCAGGAUUCAGGCCAUCAAGUCUAACUAAACUUCUGAUGGAGGAAGGUGAGAGAUACAGAGGAAGUCAUUAUAUUCAACCUGAGCUCAGCCAAUCACAGCUGUCCUUUAAAGAUCUCUUUUUGGACCCGGACACUGGCAAGGUCCGUGCUCGAGAGGUUAGGAAUUGUGUUUGUUUUAAUGUGUGGAGCUGCAAGAUGAUUCCCACACCUGGAGUGGGAGUUCAGGUCCUCAGCAGACACAUCCGUCUGUGUGCCUUUGAUGGAGCGCAGGUGUUGAGUAACAUCCACACAGUGAGAGCAUCUUAUACCUCCAAGAACCCAAAGACGUGGAGCUUCUCCCCAAGGGUGACCAGCAUCCUGCCAACUAUCCUGGAUGGAGACUGUUUCCUUCGCUGCAGCUCUUCGUCUCCCAACAUUGGGAUUCUUUUUGAACUUGGAGUCACUUUUUUAAGAAAUUCGACAGGUGAGAGAGGAGACCUUAGCUGUGGCUGGGCCUUCCUCAAACUGACCGAUGACGGCGGGAAUCCACUCCCAAACAGGACGUAUGAACUACCAGUGUAUGGAGGAACACCUUAUGAGAAGGAUGUUAUGUUGGAAGCAACAGCUUCAAGAAGAUCUCCUGGUGGUGUUUUUCAGCAGAUGCUGCAGGCCCGACGGCAGCCAAAGCUGAUUGUUAAGUUGAAAUCGCCUAACAGCCGGACAAGGACCCAGCUCAGUCUUCUACCAGACACCCUGCUGUACUGUCUGAGCUGCGUCCACCUGCUGGCUCUGUACCGACAGCUGCUGGCCGACACACUGCUAAUGGACAGACCCACCAUGCAGAAUGCAGAUCUUAUAUGCAGCCCAAUACUUUCAACUUUCCCUAUGCUUUUGGACCAGACAGACCUGCUAGAUGCCCUCAGGAGUGUCUGGCUGGAAGCUGAGACCAGCAUGAGCAGAGCCCAGAAGAGAGACUUGUCCUAUCUGAAGCAGGAGUUUAGUAAAGUCUACCUGUCAUCAGUUUAUUUCCUGCUACACUCACCCUCACUGUCCUCGUAUCGCUGGGCUGAUCUGCCCUCAGAGGAGCAGCGGGCCAGAGUCAUCUACACGACCUUGGAGGACUUGAAAAACCACCAGCCAACCACUGGCCAAUCAGGUGCUCCGGGAGUUUUUUUUGACUCCUCUCAUUCUCAUCUCGCUUUUGAUAUCCAGGAGCUGACCUUUGAUCUCCUUAGUGCGACACGCUAACAAUACCAUCAUCUCUGUGACUGAAGCUCGCUUUGAUUGGAAGGGCUUAAGGUGUGCGGAUGACGGCCAGCUAUGGCAACCUCCGGAGUAAAUUAUAGUGUUUCAUGGUCGUGUACAUAAGACCUUUAAGAAUGUGUAGCAUUUUCAACAUAAGAAUAAAGUUUUUCUGUAGCAAUAAUUCUAAUUGUCCAUUCUAAAAUCCUCCUUAUAAAUAAAAGGAACAUCAGUGAACUAGAAAUGAAAUCAUCCAUAGGAAAAAAUUAUUCAAAAUGACAUGGUAACCUCCAGACGUGAAUGUGUUGAGAUAAUUUCAGAAAUCCAUCAAAAAGUCAGAGAGUAAACGGUAAGGUUGAACCUUGUUGCUGCACCUGACUUGCUUUAAGCCGAGGGUUUGGUUCAAAUGGAGGUGGGGUUAUGAUGUUUGUGUUUUUAAGUAGUUUCCUGUGAGUCACCUACAUGAAAAUUUCUCAAUGAAAAUAAAUUCACCUGAAAAUUAGCUUAAAAAGUUCUUGAAAAUAAAACACUGUGCUAAAAAAUACCUGUUUUAA